AUGACAGUGCAGCAAGCCGUGGAUCUCUUGCGACAAGGUGAGUAUAAGCCGGCCGGAUUGCACCUCUCGCGUGCCUGCCGAUUUGCGCGCAGUCUUACUCGGAGUGAGCCCAUGUACUUGAUUCAAGAUAUGCUACGCAUUGCACUCCUCGGUGGCACAAGCGAAAUGCUUGUGCGGAAAUCGGUUGAAAAGGUUAUUCAACACUUCUACAAAAUGGCGGAAGCUGUACACGGAAGAAGGCACCCGGUGACGACGAUCAUCAGAAGUACGUUACAGUAUUUUGGUGGGGAGCAAUUCCAAUUGGCAUUUGUUGCAGCGCAGUGCGUGAUCCAGGGCUGUCUGGAUGUUGCUCUGGGAACAUAUCAUAUGGAGAGCCUCUUGUUUCGGAUCGUAGACAUCAAGGCUGACAUUUCUGGCUCAAAGAAGUCGUCUACGAACACGGCAGAAGUUCUCGCGCUGUUGUCGGACUGUGACGCUCUUUUCGGCCAAGGAAGUUGGCAGUCGAGGUUUUGCUACGGCGCGCUUCUAGGGCUACUGCGCCUUCCAGAGGAAUGGGCGAGGAUGGAGCACGUGCUUGAAAAGCUUCAACUACGUAUUCAGCGGCUAGAAUAUGGGCGAAAACGUUCAAGUUGGGAGAUGAUGAUGUGGAUCCGCACUGAAUCGAUGUAUUACACCGUGGGUAGAUACGCUGAAGCUGCGGAAGUUAUCGAAAAGCACUUGCUGCCUCUGCAUAUCGAGCUAUUUGGCGAAAUUUCGGCACAUGUCAUCAAGACUGUCACUAUUCUAGAGAUGUGCUAUACAUACCUCGAGAAUCAUGAUCGCUCAGAAGAGGUGAGGAUCUACCGUCGGAGAUUACUGGAUCAAAUUGAGGAGGGGGAAAGGGAAGCGGAAGCAAUUGAGGCAGCAGCACUUGCAGCGGCAGGCAUCGUUCACGACGAGACUGAGGAGGAUAAUAACGAGCAAGAUGUAGACUGCAGUUCCACGGUAUAG